CGGGCGCGGCGCGGGCGCGGGCACAGCGGCGGGCACGGCGCCCGGGCCCGCCGCCCCCUGCCCUGGGCCGGGGGCCGCCGCUGCAUGGGGGCGGGGGCGCGGCCGGGGCUGAGCCGGGGGACCAUGCAGCAUGGCCCACGGGCCCGGCGCGCUGAUGCUCAAGUGCGUGGUGGUGGGCGACGGGGCGGUGGGCAAGACGUGCCUGCUCAUGAGCUACGCCAACGACGCCUUCCCCGAGGAGUACGUGCCCACCGUCUUCGACCACUACGCAGUGAGCGUCACCGUGGGGGGCAAGCAGUAUCUCCUGGGACUCUACGACACGGCCGGACAGGAAGACUAUGAUCGUCUGAGGCCUUUAUCGUAUCCAAUGACUGAUGUCUUCCUUAUAUGCUUCUCUGUGGUAAAUCCAGCCUCAUUUCAAAAUGUGAAAGAGGAGUGGGUACCAGAACUUAAGGAAUACGCACCAAAUGUACCCUUUCUGUUGAUUGGAACUCAGAUUGAUCUCCGAGAUGAUCCCAAAACUUUAGCAAGACUGAAUGAUAUGAAAGAAAAACCCAUAUGUGUGGAACAAGGACAGAAAUUAGCAAAAGAGAUAGGGGCUUGCUGCUACGUGGAAUGUUCAGCUUUAACCCAGAAGGGAUUGAAGACUGUUUUUGAUGAGGCUAUCAUAGCCAUUUUAACUCCAAAGAAACACACAGUUAAAAAAAGAAUAGGAUCCAGAUGUAUAAACUGUUGUUUGAUUACGUGAGAAACGUCUUCAGUGGCAGACAGGUCUGUUCCUCUUAGAAGGCACCUGAAAGGCUACAGCUGAACCCAGACCUCUUAAGAGUGAUGCAAUUUAAACUUGAAGGAAGCAGAACAAAACAAAAACAACCCUUUCUUCAAAAUUCUAUCAAGUUCAUUGAGAAUGUUUCUUAUCGGUCUAAGAAGCAGCCAACAGCACCUGAAGCCACAAUCUAUUAUAAAUAUUUUAUUUCAGCUAGAAGGUACAAUCUCUCAGGGUUUCAUAGUUUAAAAAGCUACAAUCACAUCAUAGUGUAACUACAUAAACAAACAAACAGAAAACAGCAGUGCUGUAAAUGGGACUGCCUGCCUGAGACCAACAGAUUAAUUGUUCUUGUAUGUAAGAUGCUUCCUAUUCCAGUAUAUCCAGAGUGGUGCGAUGACAAGGCCAGCCACGUAGCCAAAGGUCGCUCCCAGUGUACAGGAAAUGGGCCACACCUGAGGAGAGAAUAAAUGAGAUGAGGAGAAGAGAACAAAUGUUUUCUUAUUACUUGAGCACAAGUUAAGUGUAACCUAAAUAUUUCUAUAUUGCAGUUUAAUGUGCUUUCCUACAGAAUGCCAAAAGUGUAGUAAGGUCCUAGAUCCAUUACCAUGAACACUAAAAAUGUACACGUUUUAGUUAAGAUGCGUGCAACUGUAACCAGGCUUCUGGCAACUGUAGAGUUAGUCUGAUGCUCCCCAAAAUGCAUGAGGCACAUGCAAAAAUCACAAAUUAAAAAUCUGGGUCAGACUUUGCCAUAAUUCUGGACUCAAUGUAGCUCUCUGAACCGGUUGGUAAUUUGGUAAAUCUUUUUAGUUUCCAUAUUGGCUUUGUAUAUCAAAUGAAAGGAGGAGUGUAUAUGCUACGCAAAAUGCAACAAACUUCCUUUAAAUCAAUUGGAAAGCAAAGCCUUAGAAUUCAAGCAUGCUACAUGAAGCUCAGAGCAACUGCUUCCUUAAUGAAACGCCACCUUGCGGACAGAUUUUGGAACCAGCGCAGAAGCUGUAGAACCACAAUGUAUGUAUGUUCUAGAGUGUAAGUUAACACAAUACUGGCUUCCAAAUACCUGUUUUCUCCAGCUAUAUUAUAUCAUCAAGCUAGAAGUAAAUAAUAUUGAUUUAUCUCACCCACAAGCAGUGCAAUUUGGUUCCUAGUGAAAGACUGCUUAAGAGAGAGAGGGAGAGAUAGAGACCAAACUGCCGUGUUCAUUGUGAAGCUUAUUUGGUCACAGGAACCAAUGCUAAGCUUUGUUUGGGGGAACGAGCCAUACAUGUGUAUCAGAGGCGCACCAUCACACUUACCUGAUUAAGUAUCUUUGUUUAAUGCGUCUUUGCCUUAGUUCAAAAACCACGCAACAGACAGCAGCGGUAGACGAAAGUUUCAGUGUCAACAAACUACUACAGCUCAGAGAAGCAGAAUUAACCCAGAAUCCCCCUCCCAGCUUUUCCCACCUUCAAAUGUGGGGUAGCACUAACGGAUAACAUUGUCUCUGGCGAGCUUCUAUCGAUUUCCAGGAUGAAAGCUCUACCUAUUGCACAGAUUGGGUAAUGAAACACUAAACUUCUAUACUUGAAAAUGACAGCCUUAAAUGCUCCUAGCAGUCACAAAUCUAGGAUGUACUGUCUUGUAUGUAAGCUUUGUAGAGAUUCUUUUUUUUUAAAUCCAAGCAUCAGUCCUCCUGCGGAAGAGUGGGGUCCCUGGAUACCUGACAGGAGCUUUCUCCACUGGACAUGGACCGAGGUUUCUCUGUGGAUUUCUCCUUUCUCCCAAGAAGUAGCGGCUCACAUAACGCGUCAUGACCUUAUGUAUGCGCACAUGAAAUCAUAUCUAAUUCUCUCAUUUACUUUUGGUCUGCUAUUUUAGAUAGAACUGAAAGGAACUGUAUACACCGACUAGCAUAUAUUAGUUAAAUUGUCCAAUUCAUGGUAUAAAAGAAUUAAGACAGUAAAGUAUUAUAUAUUUCCAACCUGCCUUUGGGGGUUUGAUGGGGAUUUGUUUUGGUUUUUUCCUCCUCAAAUUCACACCUCAGAAACUCUUCACACAUGGUUUACUAGGUAAUGAAGUUAAAAUUUAGAAUUUUUCCUGUCCUAAGAGAAAUGGACUAAGUGUCUGGAAGUGUCACUUCUGGAUGUCCCCCAUUUCUGGACCGGGGCUCUAAUUGAUUCCUCCAUUGAAAAGGGAGGCAGAACAGAUACACGGUCACUCCCAUUUAUCGACUCUCGUGAUUCCUUUUCCUCCUCCUUCACUAUAACCGUUGCUAGACAUCACAUUUUUUAGCUUCACGUUCCUAAGAUGGUAAAUAUUGUGUACAUAGACUAUGACAACUCUAAGCAAAGAUGAUUGUCUCAUCCGAACCUGAGGUGCCUUAGGUGCUCUAUUGACCUUCCUGGGGUGUAGAGUUUCCCGUUGCUGAUCAAGAACCUUUCCAUGGCUUCGGUUCUUUAGUUUCUUUUUUGCAAAAAUACUUUCUGCCCUUUAACUAAAAACAAAACAUAAUAAAACAGAAAAAAAAAACAACCAAAGACUUGUUUUCUAUUCAUGAGCGGAAUGUAGAAAAACUGCCUUAUUUUCAGAAGCAUGUCUUCAUUAAAUAAUUUUUAGGUUUCAGUAGAAAUUCAGACUUAUCGCUGGAACAAACAGAUCAAAGUAAUGAAAUCUUCUGGUCAAUAAAGUACUUCAAAAAAUCUCACUGAUACUAGUUUUGUGAGGGAAUGCAGAUACGUUGCUUCAAAUAAGGUCAUGUAUGAACAUAAAAGAAGCUUUUUUUCCCUUUUUUUUUUGCUUAUAGGUAUUACAAAGUUCUUAGAAAUAAUUCUUGGGUCUCCCUGAGAUUUUCUUUAAGACUUUGCUAACCGCUACCCCUAUUCUAUCUCAAAAGGUACAUUUUUCGGUUAGUUCAUGUUGAAUUAUCAUAUUUCCAAUGCAUUGAGCCUGAAUUAAUGGUUUUUAUUGUGAAUUAUCUUAGUUACUUUAGGCAUUGCUUCCAUAUGAUUUUUAAUUAUUAAUUUUAAGUCACUGGUUUGUUGGUUGUUGCUUCUUGAAUGUUACUUUAACAGUGUCCCUUCUUCAUAUAUGGGGUUGCAAAUAAAAUAAUCUGCAUAGUUUACUA